AUUUGUCUCGUACUCGUACUUAUACAUGGCGUCAGAAGAUCCUAACGGGAAAAAGAUAGAAUCCCUAACGACAUCACUCGAUAAUGCCAGCAUCUCAAACAUGAGUGACGCUACACCAGAUGCUGCCCCGUCCGCUUCUACCUCUAACGCCCCAGAGAUCAAACCUACAUCUGCAUCGGAAGCUCAUGCCCAAGUUGUCACGCCGUGGGACGUGCAAGGUUCCGUAUCUGCAGAUGGGAAACAGCUCGCGAUCGACUACGACAAACUACUUGAUCAAUUUGGUACUAGGCGCAUCGAUCAAGCUCUCCUUGAACGUUUCGAAAAGCUUACAGGCCAUAAAACCCAUCCGCUUCUUCGAAGAGGUAUGUUCUUCUCGCACCGGGACCUUGACAAGAUUCUGGACCGAUAUGAACAGGGAAAGCCUUUCUUCCUGUACACCGGACGAGGGCCUAGUAGCGACAGCAUGCACUUAGGACAUAUGAUACCCUUUGUGUUCACAAAGUGGUUGCAGGACGUCUUUGAAGUACCACUAGUAAUUCAACUCACCGAUGAUGAGAAAUUUUUGUUCAAACACGAACUUAAAGCUGAGCAGACCCGAGCAUUUGCACAGCAAAAUGCAAAAGAUAUUAUCGCCGUAGGAUUCGAUCUAGAGAAGACAUUCAUCUUCAGUGACUACGACUACUUGGGCGGCGCAUUCUAUCGCAAUGUUUCCAAGAUAUCUCGCCAGAUAUCUUUCAACCAGGCCAAGGCUACCUUUGGAUUUAAUGAGUCUGACAAUAUCGGAAAAAUACACUUCGCUGCCAUACAGGCUGCCCCUUCAUUCUCUAACUCAUUCCCUCAUAUUUUCGGAGAGGUAUCCAACAUUCCUUGUCUGAUCCCUUGCGCGAUCGACCAAGAUCCUUAUUUCCGGCUCACGCGAGAUGUCGCGCAGAAACUUAAAUACCCAAAGCCAGCAUUGGUCCACUCUCGUUUCUUCCCCGCAUUACAGGGCCCACAGACGAAGAUGAGCGCUUCGGAUCCUAAUUCGAGUAUUUUCAUGAAUGAUACCCCCAAUCAGAUCAAGAAUAAAAUCAAUAAACAUGGUUUCUCAGGCGGGAAGGAGACAGAGGAAGAACACCGAAAAUAUGGAGGAGACACAGAGGUUGAUGUAGCUUACCAAUACCUUGGUUUCUUUUUAGAGGACGAUGAGGAGCUGGCGAAGAUCGGUGAAGAAUACAGGGCUGGACGCCUACUCACUGGACAACUUAAAGCUAAAUGUAUUCAGCUUUUGCAAGACUUCGUCAAAGGCUUUCAAACGAGGAAAGCCAGUGUUACCGACGACGACGUCAAAGCAUUCAUGAGCACGGACCGAAAAAUCGAGACCAAAUUCGGCAAGGCAUCCUCUGCUUGAGUCAUUAAAGUACGACAUGACAUGCGCAUGCAUAUAUUACACGUGUGGGGUUGUACGAGGCAUAUAUCUAAAUGGAAGUCCAAAGUGUUAUACUAAUAAGUAAAGUAGACACCGGUGAGCACCUGUAUGCUUCCGUGUCUGAGGCACAUAUGUUCUAGACUGCAUGAUAUCCGCCUAGGAUAUCAGAAGUAGCAAACAAAGUUAUGCCGCAGCGCGGGGCAACGAGCGAGCCCGUACGUGCCAAACCUUCCUCAACCACCUACCCUUCUGCCUGAGGUAUCCCCCGUUCGUGACAUUGCUGCUAUCCGUAUCCUUUGUCCAAAAGAAUGGCAGUGCCUGUACUUGAUCGUGCUCCCAGCUGUUCAAGGCAUCAAGCGCAGCCUUGCCCCAGUCAAACGACUCGUGCAGUGAAUGGUCCUCAGGACCAUCGACAAAGAUCACGAGGCGCUCAUUCCGGGGCCGGAUGAAUCCAUCUUCGAUACCAUUUCGGAUGAGUUGUCGUAGGGGAUCGAAAUAUG